AUGGUCAAGUUAACUCAAGUUGAAGACGAAUUCCAAACCAACUACUCUGAUGGAAACACCACCGUUGAGAAGGUUGAAGUAGACACAUUUGCCGACUCAGACAGUGAAUUUGAAGACGAUGAAGAAGAUGAUGAUUUCGAUAUUGAGAAUGAAACGAUUUACGAAAGAGUUGCUGCUUUGAAAGAUAUAAUUUCUCCACAACACAGAGACCAAAUUUACAACUUGUCGGCCACUGUAUCGAGCUACGUACAACUGGGGUUGAACAAUGGUGGUAAAUUGUUGUGGACCUUGACUUCUAGUUCAUUGUUGUUGGGUGUUCCUUUGGCUUUGGCCAUCUUGUCUGAAACUCAAUUACAAGAGAUGGAAAGCAAUAUGGGAUUGCAGCAAUCAGCUCAAGAUGUGUUGGCUCCUGGUAGUGAGGAAGCUUUUGGAAAGAAGCAACAAGCUUAA